GGAGCUGCCCCGGAGCGGCGCGGGGCUCGGCGGCCGCCGAAAGGAUCGGGUCCAAUUUGUUGGCCAUGCUGCACCCUUUUCUUCAUCCUAAAAUGCUCCUUGGAUGGUAACUGGCAGUUAUGGCUUCGGAAGGAUUACAGGACUGGGGGGAAUGCAUAUGAGGAGCACUAAUACGAAGAAAAUUUCCCGAAGGUCAUGCAGAGGCAAACUUGACUAGUGGGGAAUCGCCUUCCAGAGUAGACUGCAGCCUCAGCCUUCCACUGAAACAGUUGCUCAAGGUGAUGGCCGCGCCGCGGCCGGCAGCGCUCCGCACGGACCAGGCGCGGCGCCGGCGCAGGUAGCGCGGCUCCAUGGAGGGCAGCGGCGCGGCCCCGGAGGAGGAGGAGAGCGGGGCCGCGAACGGCGCUCCCCCGCCGCCGCCGCCCACGCCGGCCGCCCCCUGCGCCCCGCGGGAGCGGCCGCCGGAGGAGCCCGACCUGGUGAUCGAGGUGUCGGGCCGCCGCAUUCGGGCGCACAAGUCGGUGCUGGCGGCCAAGAGCGACUAUUUUCGUGCCCGCGCCUCACGGGACGUCCUGCGGGUGAAGGGGGUGAGCUACGGGGCGCUGCGGCUGCUCAUCGACUACGUGUACACGGCCCGCAUGGGCGAGGUGCGGCACGACAACCUGGCUGAGGUGGUGAGCGGCGCUCGCGUCCUGCAGAUGCCCUGUGCCCUGCACUGUGCCGCCGAGGCCAUGCGCGCCCAGCUCUGCCUCGGCAACUGCUACCAGCUCCUCUGCCUGGCCAAGAAGCAGCGGCUGGCGGAGCUGCGGGAGGCUGCCUAUCGCUUCAUGAGCGACCAUUACCUGGAGGUGCUGCGGGAGCCCAGCGUGUACGGCCGCCUCAGUGGCGCUGAGCGGGACCUUAUCCUGCAGCAGCGCAUGGACGCCGGCCGGCCCUGCUUGCUGGUGGCCGAGGUCAGCGACGCCUUCGAGCGGCCGGGUGGUGGCAGCCGGCCACAGAGCCGCGAGAGCAGUCGGCCGCAGAGUCCCUCCUCCGUGGUGUCGCUGGAGGAGAGUGGCUCCCUCAUUCACUGCUACCAGGAGGCCAGCGGCGAGUGGAGGGUGCUGACGCGCCUGCCCGAGGAGGCCAAUGCCAAGGGCUGCGCCAUGUGUGUCCUCCACAACUACCUCUUCCUAGCAGGGGGCAUCGUGACAGGGCCGGCGGGCAGCGAACCCAGGGCUCGCCUUUCCGACAAGGUCUUCUGCUACAACCCCCUGACUGACACCUGGAGCCAAGUGCGGCCGCUGGCUCAGCCCCGCUCGCAGCUCAAGCUGCUGGCCCUGGAUGGUUACCUCUAUGCUGUGGGGGGCGAGUGCCUCUUCACUGUGGAAAGGUAUGACCCGCGGGCUGACCGCUGGAGCCCUGUGGCACCUCUGCCCAAGGGUGCCUUCGCUGUCGCCCACGAGGCCACCACUUGCAACGGGGAGAUCUAUGUGUCAGGAGGCUCCCUCUUCUACCGCCUGCUCAAAUAUGACCCCAAGCGUGACGAGUGGCAGGAGUGCCCUUACAACAGCAGCCGCCGGCGCUCUGCUGACAUGGUGGCCUUCAAGAACUUCAUCUACCGCUUUGACGUGAGCAGUGGCCGUGGUGGGGAGCCGGGCCCCGGCGGCGGGACGAGCGGCGGUGUUGAAGUUUUCCGGUACAACACGGUGGCCAAGUGCUGGAGCCAGUGCGCCAGCCUGCGGCCCAGCGGCGGCCCCAUCCAGCCCUUCCGCUGUGCCCCCUUGGGCAACACCAUCUACUGCGUCAACCGGACCGGCACCCUGCGCUUCAGCCUGGCCCAGGACGGUGAGGUGGAAGCAGAUGGUGGGCUCAAGGGCACCUUUGACAGCGAGCUUCUUAAAGCUCCCUUGGAUGCCAAAGGUGUCCUCCUACCCUUCGUGCUUACCCUGCCUGAGAGGCUGGACAAAGCAGCUGACCAGGAAGGCUCCCUCCCACUUUAAGGUGGCCAGCCUGGCUCUGGCUUCCUGAGAGGGGAGUUGGGUUGCAGGUCCACAAACUCCCCUCUACAGAGAGGACCCGCUCUAUUGUAUUUGCGGAGAAAAGGGACUUCCCCUUUCCUCGUCUCUGCUCUCAAGAUGUUGAGCUGGUUUUAACUCAGUUGUAACUCUUCUCAUGUUUGCUGUGCUUUGUGUGAAAAGCCAAGCACACAAAGGUAAAAGCUGCUAUAAAGGAUAAUCUCUGGAUUAUGUUUGUGCCAAUCCCCAAUCUGAGAAAAACGUUUUUACACCUAAAUUUCUAAAAUACUCUUUACAACAGUGUCAUAACGGGAUGUUAGUGUUGGUUGUGUGUUUACACGUAGUUACUAUCUGGGCCGGAGCCUUUUCUGUCAUUUGUGGUUUUUCCCCCUCUGGGAUGAUGCUGAGGGAUAAACAUUGCUGGCAACAUAGUUUAGCUGCAUUUGUUUUCAUGUUAAACCAACUAUUUCCUGUGUUUAAAAAGUAUAGGAAGAACAUCUCCAUUACAGCCUUUCAUUUCUGGUGCAAUAGAUGGUUUAAGGAAGCUGUGGCACUGUGUUAGUCCCAGGAAUUUCAACCACAGAUGAUUUAACAGAUACCAAACUUAAUGUUUUAAGUAACACAAAUGUAUGCCACAUGUUUUACUUGGAAUGCAAAGAAAAAGAAAAAAAAAGUCAAGUUGCCUUUUUAAAAUGUGGCAUUUUAUGGUAGAUGUGAAAUGUUGAUAUGUUCUUUAUUUGAGAAAGGCAGUGGUUUCUGUAUGAAAAGAUAAUGCUUUAUUACUUUUUUUUUUUGAUCAGAGAUUUUAAAUUAAAUAUGAACUGAAGCUGUUCAGACUGCAACCAAUUGUAAUGACCAUGUAUGCCACUAGAGUUGGGGAAAAGCUUUGUACUUCAUAUGCUCUUUAGUUAGCUGCAGGUCAAGGAAGGUUAACCUAAAACGACCUGUGGCAGAAGCCCUUUCACCAGUUAUUUCAAGACCAUCAAAAGGGGCCAUGGAAAAUAGGAUUGUGCUACACAUGUUCAUUAUAUUGUGCACUAGCAUGAUGUUACUUCCCUGUCUUUUGAUUGAGAGACUGUUUUAUUUAUUUUGAACUAAUGAUUGCUGUAAUCAAUAAGUCCUUGUUAAUUGCAGUACGUGCUGAUGGUGUACACUGUCAUUAUGAUUCUAAACUGCCCAGGAGUGUUACUUGUGGGGCAGCAUCCAAAUAAGACAAAACCAUACAAAACUUCUUCCUGCCUGUGGAAAGCACACUUUUUGUCAUGUUAUUCAGAACUGGAAAACAAAAAAUGUCUACACGGACAGACUAUAUUGAAAGGGGCACAUGCAUUUAUUUUAUACAUUUUAUAUUUUAAAAAAAUCAAUAGGCAAGACAAAUGUUCAGCUUUAUGAUAAAUCACUGAGAAACCUUUUCAGAAAAAAGAACCUGUGUUUUUGCUGGUACAUUGCUGUAUAUUCAGCAUGGACUUGUAUGGACUGUGGAAGAGAAUUGUUUAUACUCAAAGCUCUAGUAUAGAUUCAUAUUUUAGAAAGACAUAGGGACCUUUCAUCAGAAAAAGCAGAUCUUUUUAUGUUUUAUUAAGAUGUUUUUGUUAAACAGGACUUUAGCAUUCUUACGCAUAAUUGCUAGUUCCAAAGGAAGGCAGCAGGCUCUGUCCUAUGAGACACCAUCUGUACAAAAGAGAAUAGUGACCUUCAUAGAUAAUUACUUCCUUCGCUUUAAUGUUUGUUUAUUGUUUUUUUUUUCCUCUUAUUGUUGUUGCACAGGGUUUUAAUGCAGCUUAAUCUGGUUAGUCAUUCUAUAGAAACCAGUGGUCCAGUCCUAGAAGUUCUUAGCCAAGUGAGCCUGUUCCCUAGUGAGCUAAUUAAAGUAUCAGCCAGGCAGGGGCUGUAGGCCUGUGGAGUGUGACAUUUAUCUUAGUCUCAGUACAAGUUGGUGCAGUGGAAUUUAACAUCCUUCACAGAAUAUUUGAUUUAAUUCUCAGAUGAGAAUCCUUGGAAAUAUUGACUCUAAAUUGAAUUACAGUGUUGUAGCUUGAGCAGGAAAGAAAAAUUACAUGUUUGCUUUCAGCAUAAUUUUUAUGUUAACUGUAGAAAUUAUUUCAAGCUGUGUAGUGCAAUGCUUAGGUGCAUACUUAGACUAGAGAUGUAAGUGCUAGGCCAGAUUUUGAAAUAGUAGUGUCACCAGGAACACACACAAGGAAACGUCUGUUUUAUCUUGGAAUACCAUACAGUCUCCUAGUUAAAAGACUUACGUAGUACAGCUCUUAUACUGCAGCAUAGUGAACUAUCAAGCCAGGUUUUGCAUUCCGAUUAAUUAAGCAUUAAUUAAGCACUUUCAUUCUGCUAAUGCAUGAAAAUGCUUCUAAAUGAGUUUUGGGAGGUUUCCAUGAUUUAAGAUGUGACAAUAAUCCACAAACUUUUGGGAUAGAAUGAACCAUACCGUUUCUUCCAGUAUUUAUUGCUGUACACUAGGAAGAAAAACAUUUAGAAGUAAGUUCUACAGUUAUAAGUGUUCAACAAACCUGCAGUGGUUUGUGUUUUUGCUAGCUCCUAUUUUUAAAAAAAGUUGAAUCAAGUGCUUACCUGCUUUUACUGUUUACACAGUGUCCGUGGGGAGAGUCUGGGCUUCAUUAGUAGCUGUCUAUCAAACCUGUUUCCUUUGUACACUGCGUAGUCACAGCCUGAUGAUUACCAACAGAGGCAUGUUUCUAGCCAGAUUUCCUACUCUGUGGCCUCUGUUUCCUCCCUGGUAAGCCUGAGGCAGGUUUGCUGAGAGUUGUUUUCUCCCCGAGUUGUAUCUUCACAAGGAAACCCCCCCACCAAACUUGGGUACUAAAACCAGAUUUUACAUAGUCUUCAGGCAUUUAAAGACUGAAAUUGUCAUUCCAGAGCCCUGUACUUUUACUUAAACCUAGCAACAACUGUCUCUUUGAGAUGUGGAGCUGCUGAGCAGUUCCCUCCACCCAUGUGGAACUGCUCAGAGCAGUUUCACACCUACCUAACAAGUGGGAUAUCCAGAAACCACUGAUGUAAUAAGGUUUAAUGUAGGUACAAACCAAAGGGCCAGGCCACCCUCAAGUUGUGUUUGCAUAUAUUUUGCUUUUAAAACAGCCAUUUUAUCUAGAGUAGCCCGAAGUCUACCAUAUUUGCACGGGAACACGGAGAUCGGUAUGUGCUUUCUUAGCCUGCAAGCAUUCAGUCCACAUCUCCCACUCGCCGGUUGUCAGUGGACUAAAGGAACUCUCGGAGCUAGUCUCCAAUUUCUAAAUAUUUAUGCAUUUUGCAUUGCAUGUUAAUUGGCUAAAAGUCUCACAAAUCAUCAAGGUAGUCAUCCUCACUGAGUGAUCUGAGACUAGCUAGAGAGACAUAGUCUGCCCUGCUCUCUUUCUUCCCCCUGAAUCUUACAGUCCUCCCAUUUUAAUGGGACACGCAGGAGAUAGUUGCCCUAGUUUUUCAGGGAGUAAUUUUACCUCCUUAGACUACUCCUAAUUCCAAGGUUGUUUGCUAGAGAAUUUAGGCUUGAUUUCCCCUAAGCUGAGUAAGGACUGAACUGGGGCCUUGCACUUCAUGCAUGCACACAUUCUCAAAUCUUGAUGGCUGUUCAGGGAAAGUCCAUUGGAACCACCUCCCACAGCUCUUUUUUGGGUGAGCUUCAUGCAGAUCCUCCAAAACCACGCAUAGGCUCCUCUGCAUUGAGUUCUGAGCAGAUUCCAGGCCCCACCUCCUGGAUGGGUAAUUCAGCAUAGAUUUAGCAUGAGUGCCUACAUUCGGACAAGUUUUCUCUAGAAAGCUGUUGCAGACAGGCUCUCUGUUUUGGGUUACCAGUCUAAGAUGAACUAGCUACUCUACUGGGCAGCCAAACAGGUGAUGGAGAUUCUUCUCAGGCGUGCCACCUUAGUAAAGAGGCAUUGCAGUACCGAACAACGAAAUGCCUAAACCCUUCAUUGAAUCUAAAACUAAAUCCCAGUUUCAAUAAAGAAAUGCUCUUAACAGAUGAAACUUUACUGUUUCUAUCUAUUAACUGGUUCUGUAAAAUAGAAAUCUUAAUUGCAGCAAAAGCAUGUGUACAAAUUCUGUUUUCACUUGAAACUAAGUAAAAAAAAAUAAUUGGCAAAAGAAUAACCCUGUUUGAUCAAAACUGGCAGUGUUAAGCAACAUGGGGAGGAUGUUAGUCAUAUCCUAGUGAUGACUAAAAAUGUGCAGUCACUGAUGUAAAUUCUAUCCACAGAAAGUUUCUUUGUAAAUAAAUACCUGAUAAAAUUUAAAGUGAUAAAAGAAUAAAUUUCUCACAUGAAAGCCAUACCUCUCCUGUGCUGUUUGAUUGGCUCUCAUAGUGCUGUAUCCCAAUUACCACUAUUCAUGAGUGGCUGUUGCUUUUCCAGAUUUACAUCAUGUAUUCCAUUGACUGCUCCAUAGAUGUGUUAACCUUCAUUAUCACAAAGCUUAACAGUGGUGCUGGUGCUUUGUGUCUGGACUGAUAUGUACUGUUUUCUGCUGGAAUGAAUCCAGAUCUAGACAGAAUCCUAUCUUUGGGCUAUUUUUUUUUUCCUAGUAUUGCUCCUGGGAAACUUAAGAAAACACAAGAAGGGGAAAUCGUAGCACUGCUGAGCAGUCAUAGUAAAAAGUAUUUUAUUGAUUUCUCUUUUUUCUGCUGUUGGUUUUCACAGGAG